GACAAUUACACAUAUGAACUAGGUGGUGCGUGGGUAAAAUUCAACGAUGGUGGCAAAGUUUCCAAAGUUGUUUUUGCUUCUGAUUAUUCUGCCAUCAAUAUUCGAAAUCUCCCACAGACUAGUUCCACUGCUUCGAUUAAAAUAAUGCUGGAGAAUGUGGGUAUCCCGACAUUGGGAGUUGAUAUCCGUCUCAUAGCCCAGACUGGACAAGACCAGUGCGCUGCGAUACUGAAAGCCGAGGAUCCUUUGUUCGCCAAGACAGCUUGCACCAGGCUGGCUACUUACACCACCCUCCCAGACAUGAAGGUAGUUGUCGUGCCUCCAAUCAUGCCGCAUAGCCAGAGCCCUUGCCAAAUAGACUGUCGAAAAGUACAUUGCGCUUGGAGCCGGCCAACGAUUGAAGCUAGGCUGACCUUUGGAACCAAGAGUCAUGCGGUCAAACUGUCAAAAGCGGGCAACUACAAGGGACCUGGGUCGAAGAUAACGACACAAGUCCAACAAAUCCCAGAUGGAUGGAUGGUGAAACUCAUUGGAUUGGGUGUCACGGUAUCAGAGCAAGACAUCAUUAACACUAUCCCGAUAUCCGAGCGACCCCUGAAGGUCGAACUUGGAGAGCCUAGCUAUGUUGUCGACUCGGAAUUCGAUACCACCAUUAUCAAGUCGAUGCUAUUGGAAUCUGGCCCCUUGGAGCGGUGGGAGGUGUCCUCCAAUUCAAAAUCCAAGCGCUUUAAUGCGUAUGGCACCUUUCUUGACGAAUCCUCCGCGAGUGAUGCGGCGUCUACUUUGAACAACAAGCCGCUAUCAUUCAGCAAGACGACGCGACUUUCCGUGUCGGUGGUGGCAUCAGCCAAGUUCAAAAUACCAACCAAAAUCUAUGGUAUGGUGCGUCCACGGAUUACGGCGCAGAAGCAAAUCUGGGAUCGGCAAUACAUCCAAUUUUCGGAAUUCCCUAGCAAAGGACAAUAUCAAGUCUUGAAACUGGAAGGCGACAAUCACCAAUUGGUAGUCCAAGCGAAAGAGUACAUUGAGAAGAUAGUCAAAGGCGAUAUUGUUCGAAUGGAAGGGAAAGACCUUCGAUGUGGCAAUUUCCGAAAAGACGGGAAAGAAUUCAAAAAGGUGCAAGUGAUAGAGGAUACCUUCAAUGUACUCAUCGUUCCCGACAUACGCAAGUCGCAAUUCCGUAUCUUGGGACGAAAGGCAGUGCCGAAGGAUACUUUGGAGAGCAUCACAAAAAUGCUCCAGGACUGCAUAUCCGAGAGCCAUGUUAUUGAGCUGGACGAGCUUGAUUUCAGAUGGGCAACAAGCGGAGGCUUCAGAUUGCUCAGAUCUCAGCUUGGAAGUGGAAUAGCGUGCCUCGAUAUAACAUCAAGGUACAAACGAAUCCUGAUCAGGGGAUCUAAAGCGGACUAUAACAAUGCAAUGACCAUAAUUGCCACCAGAAGGGUUUUGCCGCGCGACACAGACUCUCGUCCCGGGAUGGAAUGUCCGACGUGUUUCUGCGAACCAGACGAGCCGAUCCGCAUGUCCUGCGACCAUGUCUAUUGCAGCGACUGUUUUGUUCAGAUGUGUGUGGCAGAGAUGACGACAACAGGGGAAUUCCUGAUUUGUUGCCCCAAAACCAAUUCCUACGGGGGUGUUUGUAAUCAGGCGUUCUCGCUCUCAGAGAUCCAGGAGCAUCUUCCUUCUGAAACAUUUGACGACGUUCUCACGAAGUCGUUUGAAUCCUACAUUGUUCGUCAUCCGGCAGACUUCACCUAUUGCCCGACUCCCGACUGCGACCAGGUAUAUCGGAUCACCUCUCACGACUCCGAAUAUCCCAAUAUUUUUACGUGUAAGAAGUGCCUGAAGUCUACUUGCACGACUUGCCAAGCUUCGCAUCCUGGCAAGCCGUGCUCCAAAGCCAAGCUUUCCAACGCACUAAGCGAUAAGAUGAAAGAGGAACUCGGCAUUAAAGGUUGCCCUAGAUGUUCACGAUUGAUUGAGAAGACUGAUGGAUGCAACCAUAUAACGUGUAAAUGUGGAGCCCAUGUUUGUUGGGUAUGUCUUGCACCUUUUGAGGUGCCUGCAGAAUGCUACGACCAUAUGAGAAGAAUUCAUGGAGGGAUAGGUAUUUGAUUGGGUGCUACCCAGAUUUAGGGCUGGCCACACUGCUGUCCAUGGGGAGCGGAGGAAUUUGGCUAUAAGAUUGUCUUGUGGAAGAUUUGGUGCCUGGAUCUAACUAGAAAUAGUUCUUUUCUUUCUGAUUACGGAUAUUAUGGAUUGGAGAUAAUCUGAAACCUCAUCUUUCAAUGUACUUGGUGUCCUGGC